CGCAGCGCGGUGGAGGUGGCCCUGUCGCCAUCAGGUGCGGCCCUGCAGGUGGACAUGGUGGUCCCAAAGCCAUGGUGUCCGAGAAGGCCGCCUUCCAGCUGGACUGCAGCAUCGUGUCUCACUCGAGCCAGGACUCCUGCUUCGCUGUGGCCUGGUUUUGCCUGAGGAUGAAAGUUGUUGGGGACAAGGGCAGCCCUGGCAGAACAGGAGGAGCAGGACUCCACCAAGUGGAGGGCAUUGCUGAGCAUGGGGCCUGACGGGGUCUUCGGCCCAGAGGGAGGCCCCUGGGAGGGCAGACUCCGCUUCCAGAGGCCCUCGCCACUGCUCUUCCGGCUCACGGUGCUGCAGGCCAGCCCGCAGGACACGGGCCACUACUCCUGCCGCGUGGAGGAGUGGCUGCCCAGCCCUCAGGGAGAUUGGUACCUGCUGGCAGAGGAGGAGUCGGCCCCCAUGGGCAUCCGCGUCCUGGACACUGGUGUGGCCCUGCAAGUGAUCCUGGUGGUCCCCAACGCCACGGUGCCCGAGAAGGCCGCCUUCCAGCUGGACUGCAGCAUCAUGUCUCGCUCGAGCCAGGACUCCCGCUUCGCUGUGGCCUGUUUUUCCUUGAGGACGAAUGUCAUUGGGAAAAAGGGCAGCCCUGGCCUGGCAGGACAGGAGGAGCAGGAGGAGGAUCAGGAGGAAGAGCAGGGGGAGGACCCCACGGAGCGGACGUCGCUGCUGCGUGUGGGCCCUGAUGGGGUCUUCGGCCCAGAGGGAGGCCCCUGGGAGGGCAGACUCCGCUUCCAGAGGCCCUCGCUGCUGCUCUUCCGGCUCACGGUGCUGCAGGCCAGCCCGCAGGACACGGGCAACUACUCCUGCCGCGUGGAGGAGUGGCUGCCCAGCCCUCAGGGAGGUUGGUACCUGCUGGAGGAGGAGGAGUCGGCCCCCAUCAGCAUCCGCGUCCUGGACACUGGUGUUUUCCUGCAAGUGAUCCUGGUGGCCCCCAACGCCACGGUGCCCGAGAAGGCCGCCUUCCAGCUGGACUGCAGCAUCGCGUCUCGCUCGAGCCAGGACUCCCGCUUCGCUGUGGCCUGGUUUUCCCUGAGGACGAAUGUCAGUGGGAAAAUGGGCAGCCCUGGCCUGGCAGGACAGGAGGAGCAGGAGGAGGAUCAGGAGGAAGAGCAGGGGGAGGACCCUACUGAGCGGAGGGUGCUGCUGAGCGUGGGUCCUGACGGGGUCUUCGGCCCAGAGGGAGGCCCCUGGGAGGACAGACUCCGCUUCCAGAGGCCCUCGCUGCUGCUCUUCCGGCUCACGGUGCUGCAGGCCAGCCCGCAGGACACGGGCAACUACUCCUGCCGCGUGGAGGAGCGGCUGCCCAGCCCUCAGGGAGGUUGGUACCUGCUGGCCAAGGAGGAGUCGGCUCCCAUCAGCAUCCGCGUCCUGGACACUGGCUCCACCCUGCAGUCCAGCAUCUGCUCCAACGACGCGCUCUUCUACUUUGUCUUCUUCUACCCCUUCCCCAUCUGCGGCAUCCUCAUCACCAUCCUGCUGGUGUGCUUCAAGAGCCGGAACUUCAAGGCCUACAGGUAG